AUGGAUUCCCUAGAGAACCAUCCCAAACCCAUGGAUGAGGAUGAAGAAGCCUUCUCGUUUGCAAUGCGUCUAGCUAGCUCUUCUCUUCCUCCGAUGGUACUGAAAGCUAUCUUGGAGCUAGAUGUGCUUGAGAUCAUAGCAAAAGAAGGCCCAGGAGCCCAGUUAUCCCCUUUAGAGAUUGUAGCUCAGCUCCCAACUCAGAACCCAGAUGCUCCAGUCAUGCUUGAUCGCAUGUUGCAGCUUCUAGCCAGCUACUUAGUGCUCACUUGUUCUGUCAAAACCCUACCAAAUGGCCAGGUCAACCAAAAGCAAUAUGGUCUGGCACCCGUUUGCAAAUACUUAGUUCGAAAUGAAGAUGGAGUUUCUUUUGCUUCUUAUUUGCUCACGUGUCAAGACAAAACAUACAUAGAUGUACAGUACUACCUCAAAGAUUCAGUCCUUGAAGGUGGACUUGCAUUUGAAAAGUGCUAUGGAGAGGAGGCCUUUGGGUUUUUUGGCAAAGAUCCAAAGAUCAAUGAUCUUUAUAACAGAGCUAUGGUUGAGCACAGCACUCUGGUCAUGAACAAGAUUCUCAAGACAUAUAAGGGAUUUGAAGGACUUAAUGUACUUGUUGAUGUGGGUGGCGGGGUUGGAGGCGUCCUUAAACUGAUCACCUCCAAAUAUCCCACAAUUAAGGGUAUUAACUACGAUUUGCUUCAUGUAAUUGAAAGAGCACCACUAAUUCUUGGAGUUGAACAUGAUGGAGGAGAUAUGUUUUCUAGUGUUCCAAAAGGAGAUGCCCAUUUCAUGAAGUCUAUACUUCACGAUUGGAGCGAUGAGUUGUGCUUAAAGUUGUUGAAGAACUGUUAUGAAGCACUACCAUCUCAUGGAAAGGUGAUUGUGGUUGAGACAAAUCUUCCUGAAGUCAUAGAGACCAACCAUCAUACACAAGCUAUUAGCCAAUUUGAUGUGUUGAUGAUGCUUCAUCAUGGAGGAAAGGAGAGAACACUAAGGGAGUUUGAGAUCUUAGCAAAUGGAGCUGGAUUUGCUGAUUUUAAGUUGGUCUCUCAAAUUUAUAGCUAUUCAAUCAUGGAAUUCUAUAAGAGCAACUCACAUUCUUGA